UGUCAGUUCAACUGUAUGGUGGCGUAUUGUUGCGUCAUAUGUUCAAAAUGGCAGCUUCCAUGAAAGAAAAUUGUGUUGAAAACUAUUUCGCCGAGUUUCAUGAUUGCAUGUCAUUAAAAUCAGAUUAUAACCAAAUAAGCAAACUUAAUCAUAUAUUGACGAACUUGCUACGGGUCAAAACAGCUGACAUGGAAGGAGUGAGACUGGAGGGGACAUUUAUAUCAGAUAUGGAGAGUCUUGUUGAUUUAUCGCAACAACUAACUGAGGACAUUUGUGAAUGUGUAACCAACUGUUACAGAUUGUGUAGAAAUGUAUGCGCUUUGUGCACAGAAAAUCAGACACGUUUACAUGACUCCACUAGAUUCAUACAACUUACACACUCUUUGAUGAUAAAUUGUUUACAGUGUAACAGGAGAUCUGAAGGCUUGAUAUUACUCCUUAGAUGUACUGUGCAGUUUUUAGCAAAUUAUUCUUCUGGAAAUAAGGUUAAUCAGACUGAAAUUCAGGGAAAGUUUUGUGAUGUUUUUAGGAGUUUGUUACUACUGGAGGACAUAAAGCUAAGAGAAUAUGUGUUGAUGGUAGUUCACAUUAUACUGACUGAUAUAGCAUCGGUUAUGGCAGCAGGGCUAGGUGACACACAGUGGUCAUUACUACAUACUUCUUUACAAGUUACUACUGAGUCUGAUUCACAAAAUGGUUUAUUAGUGACAGAGGACUGUCUCAGGAUUCCGGGUUUCUGUGAGAAAUUGUUCAGUGAAAUGUCAAUACAAUCAAGGAUUUUGAUAUCAGAGGUUCUGAUAAACACUUUACAGAGAUUACCUGAGGAUAACAUGGUGACUGCUGACAAUGUGUCAGCUGCUGACAAUGUUGCAUCUGCUGACAAUGUUCUGUCUAGUGACAUUGAUACAGAUCAGAAUUUUGAUAUACCAGCAGUUAGUAACAUACACUAUAUUGCAGCAGACUUCAUACUCCAGUCACAUCUCAUUUCAUCAAUGUCCACAGACUCCUCAAAUGAUUUGCAGGUAAUGUGUACAGUAAAGGAAUUAGAAUGUUUGUGUAUUGCAAGUGCUCAUCAUCGCUUGUAUGGUUCCCUACAGGAAAAUGAACAACUUUUAAAAACUGCCAUUUCCUUAUUAAAGUGUAUAGAAGAGAUUGGUAAGCAAGGAGACAAUGUGUUUACAAAUGUGGAUAAAAUGUCAAAACAAAGGGAGGUAAAUACAGAUCACCCAGUGUAUGGAUUGAAGAGAGAUAUAAUCCGUCUGCUUGGUAAUAUGGCAUACAAACACCAAGUCAACCAGAAUUUGAUCCGAGAACUGGAUGGUAUACCCCUUAUUUUAGAGCAGACCAACAUUGAUGGCAAAAAUCCUUUUAUAACACAAUGGUCUGUGUUUGCUAUACAUAAUUUAACAGAGCAGAAUGCUGAUAAUCGGCAAUACAUAGCACAGUUGAAGUUACAGGGGGUGGACAAUAACCAGGCAGUAUUGAAGGAGAGGGGACUGAAAGCGGAAACUGAUGGUCGUAAAGUUGUUAUAAAGAAAGACACUGAUUGAACUGUUAUAUUUUAAUGUAUGAUUAGUAUUUAAACCUGCUUAAUACAUUUCUGUCUUGUGAUGAUAUGAAAGCAUGGUCCAUUAGUUUGGAUCAUAGACAGAAUAUGUGUGUUUCAUAUAAGCUAAGAUGGACUAGCAGUAAGAAAGAGAAUUUGAAACAUCCUCAAGAAGGAUUUAUGCAGGAUUUCUAAUCAACGUUAUAGAUUGUAUGGAAUAAUAAUUUUAUUAAUAAAACAAAAAAUGAAAGACUAA